AUGCACACCUCAGGCAUGAAGCUCACCACCCUCUUCCUCUCCCUUAUGCUCGCCAGCAGCGCCGUCGGUGCCCCCGUGCCCCCCCCAAAGGGUGUUCCUGCCGUCAACAUGCCUACAGUCGGUAGUGGUGUUAUCGAGGACAACACGCCAGCUGGUACUAUGGACAAGGUCAAUGAUGGCCUGAAGGGGAAUGUAAAACCGCCACAGACAAAGGCCGACCCCGUUGCCGACGCAACUGACGCCGCGGCGGAGGGCAAUGCUGAACCUGCGAAGGGACUUCAUUCCCGCCAAGAACCUGAUGUCGCCGCCCUUCUCGACGCCCUCCUCGGCGGCUCCGACCCCACCAGCGGCCUCACUGGCGGUGCUGGCAGUUCCAACCCCACCAGCGGCCUCACUGGCGGUGCCGGCAGUUCCAACCCCACCAGCGGCCUCACUGGCGGUGCCGGCAAUUCCAACCUCACCAGCGGCCUCACCGGCAAGCGCUCCGCUGGUCCUCCAUCGAUUGAUCACACAGGCAUAAGUCACGAGAUUAACCAGGCCACUUCUCGCGCCAGCGGCAAUUCCAAGCGCUCACCUGAUGGUCUUAUCCCUGGUGUUAAUACUCUGGAUAACUCUCGGGUCGGUGGUGACAAGGUGAAAGACGUUGUUGAUGGGAAGACAGCACCGCUGUCCGGCACGACUGGCACUCUCGGGACACGCGGGGAGAAGAAGAAGUGUGUGAAUGGCCUUGACUUGACGCACGAUGCCAUCCCGUGUAUGUCAGACAAUGUUGCUGGAGGGGUCGAUCCCAACAGUGUCAACGAUCUUAACGGUGCCACGAAGGGUGCCACAGCUGGGAAGACGGGGGCGCCCAAGACGGAGGCACCCAAGGCUGGCACUGAAACGGUCACUGGCUCUGAUUUGGGCUCUGAGUUUGUGCCUUCUGCGGAUAGUGUGACUGCUUCUCCUACAGACACGAAGACUCCCACGACAGGCGAUGUUAAGGCUCCCACGACGGGCGAUGUUAAGGCUCCCACGACGGGCGAUGUUAAGGCUCCCACGACGGGCGAUAUUACCGGCGCGGAUGCUGUUUCUGGCUUGACAUCGGGUUUUGUCCCCCGUGGUGUUGAUGAGACAGUUAAGAAGGUUAAUGGAGCUGCCGCCGAUCUCAAGAAGACCACUGGUACUGGUGCUGAUGUAGCCUCGGUUGAUACCCCUCUCGGUGCCAAGACGGUUCCCGUCUAG